AAUCUAACAACAAAAUAACUUUAGACAUCCCUUUCAGACCGAACAAAAAAUUCUUGAAGCCCGACAUAUUUUAUUUUCAACUCAAGGCGUCGACUACGAGACAAAAGCGCGCGCACAACGAGUCAAACAAACAAGCUAGAUAAACAGCAUAAAAUAUAAAAUAGAUAUUCGACUGAUUUGGCCGCUUGCAAGCCGAAACAAAAAUGGAUGACUCACGCGAAGAAAGCCAGUUCAUAGUGGAUGAUGUGAGCAAGACGAUUAAGGAGGCCAUCGAGACCACCAUCGGGGGCAAUGCGUACCAGCACGACAAAGUGAAUAACUGGACCGGCCAGGUGGUGGAGAACUGCCUGACGGUGCUCACCAAGGAGCAGAAGCCCUACAAAUACAUUGUCACGGCCAUGAUCAUGCAGAAGAAUGGAGCCGGACUGCACACGGCCAGCUCCUGCUACUGGAACAACGAUACAGACGGCAGCUGCACAGUGCGCUGGGAAAACAAGACCAUGUACUGCAUCGUGUCCGUCUUUGGCCUGGCCGUUUAGACGCGAUUCGCGGAUGCC